AUGUCCCGCGAAGCAUACCAAGUCCCCGCCCUUGACAACCAAAACGCCUUUGGGAACAGCGCCGGCGCUGGCGGUGCUGGUGGUUAUGCUCAACCACAAGUGCAAUCCGUGCGAUACAUCUGUGGUGAAUGCGACGCAAAAUUUUCGUUGCCGCCUAAUGCGACGUUGCGGUGCACGGAGUGCGGACACCGUAUAUUGUACAAGGAGCGGACGAAGAGAAUCGUCCAGUUUGAGGCACGAUGA